AUGUCGGGACCAGAUCAGCCGGAAGAAGGUGAGUCUGCGCCAUCUCGCUCAAGAAGUCCAAGGACUCGGCUUCUGCAUAGGCCUCGAUAUUUGCAGCCGGAACCUCUUCCACCUGAUGCACCGCCUUGCGGUCCGCCUCCUCCGGUGCCAGUACACUAUGCUGCUGAUGAUGCUGCAACCCAUGAGGAUGAAUCACACCCCAGCGGAACAGACUCCAUGGACUCUGACGAGAUCACCAUCCGAGAGCUGGCUGAAGAAGCUCGGCGGCUUCGUGCGGAAAGAGGCCCAGCCAAGCCCACGACUGCCUCUACAAGGGCGAAUACUACCACCAACGAUCUACCAGCUCCUCGCGAGGAUCAUGAAAACUCGGAGUCUGAAUGCCCGGCGGAGGAAGACGAGCUCGAUGAGAAUCCCUUUGAUACAUCCUCUAGACCGGAGGACGUCCUUGCUGCAGCCAAAGCCACAGUGCCGCUGCUGAUUUGUAUAUCUGUCUUCUACCAGUACAUGCAGUGCAUCAUCUACAUUUGCCAGGUCUCCUACCACCUCCUUUCGGACAUUCGGUACUCUUCCUACUACGCCCACGUCCCCUACAAAGCAGCAGGCAACGAAUUCGCAAAAGAGCUUUUUCCCGAGCGCUUCGUCGAGCACGCCCUCUGCAGCGACUACGUCCUCGACGGCAACGAGGACUUCCAGGGUGAUGCGGAGAUUCACCACAAGGAGAUCAAAGCAGGCCGUUUGCUACAUGUACGUCUUGCACGGCGAAACAUCUUGGUUCUGCUGGGGGACUUCAACUGCACCCCGGUUUAUGCUGCGGGACACAUCGGAUGCUCGUUGUCCAGGGCUGAGCUCUACUCGGAUGCUGCUGAAUUCACCACCAUUCUGGAAGCUAACCAGCUGGUUGUCCUCAACACAUGGCCACUCUUCCUCUACAUCCAGGCUGGCAACGGGCUUCACCACGGCGAAUGCAAAGACCGGCUGGCCACCCACCAGGUCCGUAUACAUGGUAAACAGGGUGAGAUGCUCACCUAUCAGCAGGAGCAACAGGCCAUUGUUGAACAUUUUGAGACUCUCUUUUUGUCUCGACAGUCUGGAUGCACACUGUCAGCAGCUCGACCUUCAGCACAUUACGAGGUCAGCCCGCUUAUGUUUCAGCAAGCCCUCGACUCGCUCAAGAUGGGAAAGGCAGUACCUCCGGGCAGCGCUCCUACCAGUGCAGUACGUGCAUGCUCGGACAUGAUCUCCACGAUUGCUGCUCCUCAGGCCGAGACCUGUCUGAAUGGGGCUGAGACGCCGUCUUUGUGGGCCGAUUGUACUUUGGCACUCAUCCCCAAGCCACACAAGCUUCUUCGCGCAAUGGAAGAUAGGCUGUGGGGCCUUCUUGAAGAGAAGGGCUGCAGUGCUGUGGGUUUGCUUCGCAUGCAUUUUCAGACUCCUUGGCACCUGGCAUGCGCAGUGGAUAGUGUUGAAGACGCGGUGCGAUUGGCGGAGCAGAUCACUCCGGGUUCGAUUCCGUCGGACCACAAACGGUUGGGAUCUCAGAUCUGGGAGUGGAUGACUGCUCACACAGGUCUUUUCAAGCGGGUGCAAAGCAGGCUUACUGCGAAGGCCACACGAAUUGAAGCGACCCCUGGAAGUUCGGUGUCUCCUUGUGAUAUCUUUGAUCAGUGCGUGAGCAAUAGUCUUGAUCUUUGCAAGCAGACCAGUCGUGCACAUGCUAGAUGGAUUUCGAAUGGCGCCGGGACCCCGGCGGAUGCAGAAAAAUCUUCUAAGAAGUUUUGGGGAACUGUCCUGGUUCAGAUCAUGGUGGAGGCAAAGCUUCCUAUCGUUGACAUUCCGGUUGAGAAUGAGGAGCAGCGUGUUUCUUAUGCUCUCCGAGCUCUGGGGGCUCGGAGGUCCAAGACACUCAGGAAUCGCGCGAGGACCUGGCGCAAGGCUCGUGACUGGAUGCUUUCAGUGAAAGGUUACCCUUUCCCGAAGAGCCCUUCUGACGUUGUAGAUUACCUCAUCUUCUUGGAGCAGGAGGUGGGUACAAAGAGCUGCAUUUCUGAGCUUAUGAGCGCGUUGUCUGUCAUUGAGGAUGCUGGACAGGUUCCUCUGACAAAUCAGCUGUGCAAGAACCGAUUGGUCGUCGCGGCCUCAAAGAGCACCGGGGCUGAAGUGCAGGACGUGAUUGGCUGGGCAUUGGAUUUGAUUUGUGGAAAGGCCUGGGACAGCUUGAUCGCACUUAUUUGGUUUUCCAGUCUUCUGAAGAUUUUGAAGAGAAGCUUGGUGAAGGUGUUUGGCGAUCCAGGGCUGAUGGUAAGCUUCUGGGUGAUGAGUGCUUUCUUUUCUGGACAGGCUAAUGUGGAUGCAGACUUUGUGUUCCUUCUUGAGGAGCAUGGGGUCGAUCUGGCACUUCAGUUUGCUAUCGGUCAACAUUACAAGAGCAUUCGCACUUUUGCUGCUUUCGCCGAUGAUCGUGGUGCAGCACGUACUGCAAUUACAGCCGAUUUCGCUAUCAGGCCUGAGAGCGCUGCGGAUCGAGCUAGGAUGGCAUGCAUCAUCACUGCUUGGGAAGCUUCCAAGAUGAUUCGAGAGGAGGAAGCCAAGCUUCGUGCUGAGGCUAAGGUUUUGGGUGUUCAGAAGCCACUCGCCUCUUCGGAUCGCGCGGCCAUGCGGGUCGCCCUGGAAGCUGUUCGAGGCUACACCGUGCCGGAGUCCGAGGAGCCGGCGCCUGAGUACUUGGCACACAAGCUUGAACAGAUUGAGAAUGGCGAGCCCACUGCCAGCUAUCUUGAUGAAGUUAUCUCUCGAAAAGAGUCCAACUCGCUUCAACUUCAGACUUCCUUGGACAAUCAGGGCCGGCUUCGGGUCAUGCGACAGAAGCCAAAAGGUCGCCUUCCGCAGAAUACGGAGGAGCUGCGGGCGAAGCUUCGUCUCGAGGCCUCCACUUGGGUCAUGCUCUCAGCCAAGUGUCGCGGUCGUGCAUAUUUGCAGGGGCUGCAGCUGUCACACUUUGAUCGUUUCCUUGAGUUCCUGUUGGGUGACAAGUGUUACAGCAUGCAAGUGGCUUCCAAUGCUCCCGCAAGACGGCAAAGGGGAAAAGGCGGCAAGGACGGCAAGGGUGGCAAGGACGGCAAAGGGGGCAAGUCCACUGGCAAGAUUCAGGUCGGGGAGUCCUGGUAUGAGUUGGUGGCCAAGACUCCGGAUGGUCGUGAGCUUUGUUAUGCCUACAAUAUCAAGCGUGGAUGUCAGGUCAAGGGAUGCCAGCGCGUCCACGCGUGUCGCGUGAAGGGCUGCCAGGGCAACCAUCCGGCAUAUCAACACGGUCCGUCUCGCAAAUCGGAUGUUCGUGGCUCCCUGGAGGCGCUUUGCAAGGCACAGAGUAUCACUUUGGUAAUGUCAGAAAUUGACAUCUGCCGCGAUCCCAAGCUAGACCUUUUGGAUCCUGCCAUCGCCGAUCGAUGUUUGCAGGAGGUUAAGAACUCUGAGUGGGAUGUGGUCUUGGACUUGAUCUUCCUGGAGUGCGUGGGGUAUGUCAGCUCACUGUAA